AUGAACUUGACUGUAAUGUUCCAGUCCAAUGGUGGACUGACCUCGGCUAGGAACAGUGGAAUAUCUCAAUCCCAGGGCGAGUGGAUACUACCUUUGGAUGCUGAUGAUACUAUAUCAAGUGGAUUCCUUUCAAGAUCAUACGAUAUAAUAUCACAACUGGAUAGAAAGAAGAACAAUACCAUCAUUAUAUCUGAUUUGAAUGGCUUUGUAGAAGAUACCAAGGUCGAAGGACUUAAACAGACUCUGAUGUCAUGGCCUAUUCCUGCAUGGGAUCGCAAAGUAAUCACAAAGAAGAACCUAUUACAUUGUUCAGCACUCUACAAGAAGGAUCUAUGGUCAUCGAUUGGUGGAUAUGACAACAGUCUAUGGUUUGGUUGGGAGGAUUGGGACUACUGGCUGCGUCUGGAUCGCUCCCUGCCACAAGGUCUAGACAUCCAUGUUGUCAAAGAUGAACUGUUCAACUAUCGUAUGAAACCAGGAAUGCAUUCAUUCUGCAAGGAUAACAAUCAACUAUGUUUCUCAAUGUUCAUGACACUACAUCCUAAUGAAUAUUCAAUCGAGGAUGUUCUAAGAGCACACAAGACCAUUGGAAUGGAAGGUGACAAGAUCAUGCUUCCACUCCUACGCGUUGCCAAGCACUAUCCCAACCUACCAUAUGUACAUCUCUGGCUUGGUCUAGUACACGAGUACUCCAAGUCAACCAAAGAUAUUGAUCAAGCACGUCAAGAGUAUGACAAGUCAAUUGAGCUGUCAUCGACAUCUGAUGGUGGUGAAUGGCAACCAUUGAUACUUCGUUCAUUGGCCGAUAGAGGAAGCAAAAGGUUCAUUCAUUCGAAGCUAGACAUUGCAGCUCAGUUCACGAAGCAACCAUCACUCAUUCAGCCGAUGAAGAAUGUCUACGGAGAUAUCUUCUGA